AUGGAAACUCUCGGCCUCUUUGAUAGAUGCACCAACGGAAGUCAGAAUAAUCACGCUUUUGCUGUGGAGCUUGACACUUUCAAGAACCAAGAUUAUGGUUAUAUCGAUGCCAACCAUGUUGGUAUUGAUAUAAACUCUGCGAGGUCCAAGGCAUCUAGGCCAGCAAGUUACCAAGCUAAUAACAAGAAUUCAUUUGACAACUUAACUCUUGCCAGCGGCCAACCAAUGCAAUUAUGGGUGGAAUACGAUGGGGCGGAUAGGAGAAUCGAUGUUUACAUUAGCUCCAGUAGCGGCUGCCAAGCCAUAUACACCUCUUCUGUCUUUGACAUAUGA